AUGAGGGAGAAGAAUGGCGGAGGCAGAAUGUGCUGCGGCAGUGGUGGAGGUGGGAAGGGUGGCAAUUUGGGCGAGGAAGUGGUGAAGGAGGGGCUGCUCCGUGGGCUGGCGGAGGUAAUGGAGGAUGCACUUGGCGCUACCAGCCAUGGGCCGGGUAGUGGCUGUGCAAGAUAUGGUGACGUUGAGGCUCUGAGGGGUUGCUGUGGGGUGGGAUGUGUGCGAGUCACUCGGAAUGGUGGGGGCCGCGGUCAAGAGCGGGUGAAAGGGGGGCUGAGGAAAGGAGGGCGAAGGGGGGGUCCCUUACCCUUCCCUUUCACCCUUUCCCCUGCCCUGACCGACUCCCCCUCCCCUUACCGUCUCCCUUCACCCAUACCCCCCCUUUUUUUCCCUCCCUCACCCUCCCCUGACCCCAGUCUCUCAUCCCCUCCCCAUUCCAAUCCCCUAACCCAACGCCAGGCUCUGCCGACCCCUCCUCACCGCACCUGCUUUUCCUACAACAACUCCCACCGCUGUGGACCGGACGUGCUGUUCAACGCCAACCUGUGUGCUGCUGGCGUGGCGGAGAUGGGGGGGUGCUGGGUGCCCCAUGGUGGUGUUGUCGCUCAAGGGCGAGCAGCGGCUGCAGGAGGUGUGUUGUUUUGCAUAGCCUCACUCCAUCCCCAUCCCCUUCCAUUCCCUCCCCGAUACCUUUCUCCAUUUUCUGCCUCAUCCUCUUUCCCUUCAACUUCUCCUUCCCCAUCCCCAUUGCCACCCUCCUGCUGGCUCCACACCCGCUUUCUCCUACACGAAUUCUUCCCCACGGCAUCGUCUCGUGCCUCCACCUCAUUGUCCCCUGCACCCCUCUCAUAA